AUGAUUGGUGCCCAGCAGUGCCACCCACCAGUUUCGCCCACCUGUGCCCAGCAGUGCUGCCCACCAGUGCCCAGUGGUGCCACCCACCAGUGCCCAGCGGUGCCACCCAGCAAUGCACCCACCUAUGCCCAGCAGUGCCACCUACCUGUGCCCAGAAGUGCCACCUACCUGUGCCCAGCAGUGCCACCCACCUGUGCCCACCAUCAGUGCCCAUCAGUGAUGCCAGUCAGUGCCACCUAUCAGUGCUGUCUAUCAGUACCCAUCAUCAGUGCCGCCUAUCCGUGACACCUCAUUAGUGCUGCCUAUCAGUGCCCCCUAUCUGUGCUACCUCAUUAUUGCUGCCUAUCAGUG